CUCAACUGCCUGCACGGUUUGAAUGAGUUUGCGAGCUGGAGAAGCGACUGUCGGCUGUUGCGAAUGCUGCAGAGGACCUUGAGGACUUUGACAUCUAAACGUUGACGUAUCAACCGGGGUCGCACCAAGAUGGGUUAACAGCAGUCCGUAGGCUCUUCUCAGUUACAAUCAGCCAAAAAAAACGAAGCACUCGCUUGAAGAACGAAACUACUUCGAGAGGGAGAAAGCUAAACAAUGGGGAAAGGAAGUUCACUCCUAACACAAACCAACAUAGAGUUGCAGCGGUGGUAGAGGUGCAGUCCCGCAAUUACUAACUGCUGACUGGUGGACCUGCGGUAGAGGGAGCUGCAGAGAGUGCCUUUGUAUUUUAUUUUCGGCCCGAGAGGAAUCUCCGCGCUGGUGUUUUACAUCCUUCCGUCAUGUCGGUGGAAGUCAGCCAACAGCCGAGGCUGGGAUCCCUGGGAGAUCGUCUGUCGCCGACGUCUUCCAUCGUCCCCCUGCGCAUUCUCAACAAGGGGCCCGAGUAUUUCCGGCCGAACCGCCGGAGCUGCCAGGAGGGCGGCAUGUCCGUUCGCGAGCGACUCGAAGCCGACCGACUCAAGUACGUCAAGAGCCCCGACGUCGCCCGGCCUUCGUCCGUCGAGCUCGCGGCCGGCGGCGGCGGCCUCAUCGUCGGCGCGUCGAGAGGGCGUAUCUGCUGCGGUGCCGGCAACUUGGACCUGGCGAUGCUGAGCAGCGCCAUCGGCAACCUGCACCAGAUCCGGCGAGAGGACCUGUGCCGCAAGGGCGUGCGCAGGACGCCGCCGCCGCCACCGUCCGACCCCCGGCUCGCGUUCCGGCGCCGGAGCGACGGCUUCGUCCGUGGCGGCUCGGAGAGAGACGCGUCCUGCGGCGGCAACGGCGCGAGCGCCAGGAGCAACGCGGUGGCCUUCAUCUGGAGGCUCUUCCAGGGUGUGGCGGGGGGCCGGGAGAGGCACGCCAGGCCGUCGGCCGGCAACGAGGAGGACUCGGGCGCCGAGUCGAAGGAGAAUCUCGGAGACGUCACCGACGGGGCCGCGGAGGCCAACCCGGGACCGGCCCGGCGAUCGGCGUCACGGGACGAGCCACGUCCGGCGCAAAGGCCGUCUUCUCUCAUUUUUCCCGGCGGCAAAACGGAGCCAGAUUCGUUCUUCGACGAGUGCGGCCUCGACCGGGAAAUCGUCGCGAGCCUGCGCGGCGUGGGGGCAGGGGGGGGCGGCUGCGGUGGCGGCUGCGGCAGUGUCGGCGCCGGCGCCGGCAGCAGCGUCUCCUCCAGCGACCCCGACUUCGAUGGAUUGUCGGAGCGGUGGCGCGACCACGACGGAGGGGAGAACGACGGAGGGGAGAACGACGGAGGGGAGGACCCCACGCCGGCGCGAGUCUCGGUCGUCGAGCGCAAUGCAAGGAUCAUCAAGUGGCUCUACGGGUGCCGGCGGGCCAGUUGCUUUUGAAGAGGGACGAUCGAUGACCGGCGGCGCAGGGCCAGGCGGUGGCGUACGUGCCGCGGCACGUCCGGCUCGCUGGUGGGGGUGGGCGUUGAGGUGUAGGCGGCUGAUACGUGAAGAGGUCGCACCUCCGAUGGGCACGGUUGGCUCUGUACGGUUGCGAAAGAAGUUCAACGUACGUGUGUGGCCAUCUCUAGAAACUGACAGUUAUACGCCACGCACAAAUGUUCUCGUGUGUAACGGAAAUCCGCUGAGUGUCUCCGCCUAUGAAUGAACAUAUGUUUUGGUCCGCUGGCCUAUUUGUUUUCAAGACGAAUAUUACCCAGCAGCAUUUGUUCAAGCGCAAGGAAAAUCUGGACUGGUGUCGAUCCUCCCGCAUCUCUUCAGUGUUACCAAGUUGAAAGAGGUUGAAAGAGGUUGUCCUGGACAAAACAAUGUCGCACAAACUGCUUUAAUACGCGGAGAGAUGCUUGGCAGUGCUUUAGAGAGGUAAGCGAACGCACGCUGAGGCUAAGGGCACGCCACUGUGCGGGGAAAGGUUAGGAUUUGUGGACAUCUGCAGAACAUACUUUAUGCGCCAUGGUCGUCAGGGCAGUUAUGCUGACGGUCGGAUAAACGACGUCGUACCGUGCGUGCGGAGGGACGUUGAGUGCAUCACGUGGUGAGUUUUCCCAAGCAAAAGCAGAGCAGAAGCAUGUUGCGCCCCUUCCAGGCGAGCGUGGCUACCGGCUGCUGAGAACUUACAAGCAGGGCCUGGUUACGUUUGAUGGGGGGGGGGGGGGGGGGAGUUAAAAUAAAACUAAAUUGAGAGAAAGGCUCUCUCUGUUCAUUCGCUUCCCUCGACUGUUUUGACGCCGUCCGCUCCACCUUGGUUGGUUUAGCUACGGCGUUUUAACGUAUGACAUACAAGCGAAUUGUCAAUAGAAAAAUUCAGAUGAAGCAAAUUGUAUUUCGACGCGCGACUCGGCUAAUUAGUAUGACCCAUCGCUCUGCAAUGGCUUUAAUUACCAAAAAAAUGUACCUGUAAGAUUUCAUCACGGUGCUACAAGUGUUGCACUUCAACCGUUUAACAGACAACAGCCGGGGAACGGAAUGCAUCCGAGGAGAGGACGACCGCCGAGAGAGAUGGAGCCGUGAAAUCCAUUUGUGUGAAGGUGCUGGGUAGAUCGUUGUAUCGCGGGAUCAUGAAGCGGGGGGGGGGGGAGGUCUUCAUCCAGCAGUGGAUUGAUCAACGUUGGCGGUGAUGAUUUAUAUUUCGGUAACCCCUCAGGAUUCAAGGCGCCUCUGGGUGCAGCCCUGAAGGUCCCUGCGUUAAUCCGACCCCGCCUACAUCAGUGUUUGGGUUUUUUGUGUCCUUAAAAUGACUGGGAUUUAAUAAAGUUACGUGAUUGAAAGUU